AUGGAGAGCCUUCUCACCAACAUCAGCUCCCCCUCCACCACAGAGCCCCUCCGGCCUCUCCUGACCCCUGACCCAACAAACUGUAGCACGUGGGACCAGCGGUGGGGGGCACCAUACCUGCACAGGUUAGCCCACCUGGAUGUGCAGCUGUACCAAGACUUCUACGCUGUAUGGAUCUCUCUCAUGGUGUGUAACUGUCUGAUGUUGGUGGUCGGUGUGGUUCUCAACAGCCUGGCUCUCUACGUCUUCUGUGGAGCCUCCACCCACUCCUCAGCCUCUGUGGUUUACACCAUAAACCUCGCUGUGGCUGACCUGCUGGUGGCGCUGUCACUGCCUGCUCGCAUUGCUCUGUACCACAGUGGGGGGCGCUGUGUGGCCUGCUCCUACGUUCAUACGUUCAGCUACUUUGUUAACAUGUACUGUAGUAUACUUUUUCUCACAAGUAUCUGUAUAGAUCGGUACCUCGCUGUCGUCCAUGCGUCCAGUACUCUCCACCGGUGCAGGACUAUGGGAACAGCCAAGUGUGUCAGCGCCACAGUUUGGUUCAUUGCAGUAGUGGUCACCUACUCUUUCCAGACCACUGCGUUGGAGUUCAGCUCUUCCUGUGUGCUCCUUCCCGCCCUCUUCUACCUCACCAUCCUGGAGUUCGUGCUCCCCCUGCUCGCUGUGGUGGGCUUCACUCUGCGGGUUGCUUGUUUUCUCUCCUCCAGUCACGGCCUGAUGCCCCAGCAGAGCAGGGCGAGGAGGGCGCGUGCUGUCAGGCUGCUGGCCACCGUCCUGGUGGUCUUCACCAUCUGCUUCACGCCAUUCCACGUCCGGCAGGUGCUGGUUUACUUCCGCGUCAAAGUCAGAGGGGAGGGGUUUGCGCAGGGGGCGGGGCAUGUUCUUGCUUAUCAUAUUACAGUUACCCUGAGCAGCCUGAACAGCUGCUUGGAUCCAGUGGUUUACUGCUUUGUGACGGACAGCUUCAAAAGAGUGUGGAGGACGAGGAGGGGUGUGAGGGAGGGGGACGGGGAGGCGGGACACACAAGUGGGGGAGAAGGGGAGAGAAAUUCAGUGAAUAAAUGUCCGGGGACAGCACUGGCAAUAGCUCACAGUGUGGCCACACUCACCCUCACAAGCUCUCCCCUCUCUGCAGCCAACAUGGAACAGUCCACUUGA